CUUUCCCAUAUCAUACUAUCAUAUCCUCACGGUCCUCGGACCUCUCCCUUCCUUGCAUAUCCGCCUCACCUCACUCUUCGCAACCUUCACCUAUCCAACCCCCUUGUCUGAACACCUUCCCUGAAUCCUCUUCCUUUGUGUUUCAAAUUCUCUUCAAUGUGGAAGUCUUGGAAACUUUGUUGAUUUCUGAGUUCUAAGAUUUGCAAACUCUCCAUGCAUUGUCUGUGAUAGAAGCGGUGGUGUCUCAACACUGAGGCAACGACUUCGUCUUUGCAAAACUUCAGUAUACUCCCGUCUCCUUCGAUUCGACUUUCUUUCUGCAACUCAGAUAGCCAGACCGCCGGAAAAGUGAAGGGAACUCCUGCGGAUUGUGUCUUCUUAGCUUCAUCGGGUGCAUUGUUUUCUUGGUCGAAGCCUGCACUGAAUCAUGGUGUGUACCAAGGGAUUUGGUUUUCGAUUUUCAAUGGUAGACAAAUCGGCCCUACAAAUUCCAAUUCUUUGCGAGCAAGCUACUCCUGCAGUCACGUCUGUGCCAACUACAUCCAUGACUUGUUACUUCCCUAUGUCAGUGCUUUUGCAAGAGCAGCGUGAUGACCUUAGGUCCUCUCUCCACAUGAUUAGGGAGGAUAAGACAUCCCAGGCAACAUUGGACAGGAGGCUGCUGGGCAAUAGGGCAUUGUUCCAUGAAGAGAAGAAAAGCUCUGUAUCUGACCAAGAUCUGGAAGACGUUGAAAGACAGUUGCUCUAUAGGCCUGAUUUAUGGUAUUUAUUGCCAUCCUUGCCUCUGCAGUCGGUCCCAACACAUGCAGAUAGGGUUGUGGAUGUUAAACCAUCUGAUGUACUUGCACUUGCAAAAGGAGCAGUUCUUGCCUCAAAACAAGCAGCUUCUAUAGCCCAAGAUUACCAACUACUGGGAGCUGAUUUCAAUGAAAGCCUUCUUCCCGGUUUGUGCCCCUCAAAUUCAGCUGAUCUCAUUCCACUUGAGGAGCAAGUGACGGUAAAAUCAACGCGACUGUUGGAGAGACGAUCAAAGAAGCGGAAGGUUCUGAAACAAAAAUUUGUUGACUCUGGGGCUUCUGAUUUGAAAAAGGCAGAUAAACAGAAAAAGAUACGUGAAGGUCUUGAUUCAACUGAUCCUCUUCAGUUGUUUUUGUCUGGGCCUGAGAAGAAACAACUUUUGACUGUAAAGGAAGAAGCUGAACUGUUUGCUCAAGUACAGGAGUUGCUAAGAUUAGAGAAAGUGAAGCAGAGGCUUCAAUCUCAGUUUGAGCGUCAACCAACUUUGGUUGAAUGGGCUGAAGCUGUUGGGAUGAGUAGCCAAGUUUUGCAGUCACACAUUAUUUUGGGUAACAAGAGCCGAGAAAAGAUGAUUUUUGCCAAUUUGCGUAUGGUGGUGCAUGUAGCUAAACAAUACCUAGGACGGGGUCUGAGCCUUCAAGAUUUGCUGCAGGAGGGAAGCAUGGGUCUUAUGAAGAGUCUCGAGAAGUUCAUACCGCGGGCUGGUUGCAGAUUCUCUACAUAUGCUUACUGGUGGAUACGGCAUUCAAUUACGAAAGCCAUAUUUCAGAAUUCCAGGACAAUCCGUAUACCUGAGAAUGUAUAUAACCUCCUGAAACAAGUGAACAAAGCAAAGAACCUCUGCAUACGUGAAGGCUUUAAUCCAACAAAUGAGCAGCUUGCAAAACGUGUUGGCAUUACAGUUCAGAAGUUGGAAAGACUGUUGCUGUCUACACGAAGGCCUCUCUCAAUGCAACAAGAGGUUUGGGCAGACCAAGAUACCACUUUUCAGGAGAUCACUGCAGAUCCUGAGGUAGAGAUCCCAGAUGUUUGUGUUGCGAAGCAGCUGAUGCGGCGGCAUGUGCGUGACCUCCUCGGCAUUCUCCCCUACAAGGAGAGGCGGAUAAUCCAGAUGCGAUAUGGAAUUGCCGAUGGAGAAUGGAAAUCAUUAGCAGAAAUCGGGUCUGUAUUCAAUUUGUCAAAGGAGAGGGUCCGGCAGCUGGAGAAACGAGCCCUGGAUAAACUCAAGCAGUGCCUCUCAAGCCAAGGGCUCGGAGCUUAUACCGAUUUGCUCAUUUAGAGGUAGAGAUGUUUGUAGGAAUGCCAUUCAUUAUCCUUUUUCUUUUGGGGUGGGGUGAAGCAAUGACAGAUUAAUGGCAUGAUUAUUCCAUUUUUCUUUUAAAUUGGGAAGGGAAUCCAUUCGUCACUCACAUCAGUAUUCAGAAUAGAUCUGUAAUAUGUAAGCAGUUGUACAUAAUAAUGUCUACAUGCAUAAAUCUCUGUUUCUCUCAAUAUAUCAUUUGCUGGUUUAUUGUGAA